AGGAGGUCGGGAGCAGUUUGGGGCCGGCGUGCGUGGUGGUCCUGGCUUGGGCUGAUACCGUGGGGGCCCUUUGUGGCCCCACUCUCCUGGGCGUCUGCCAGGAUAAGGAAAUCCCUCUGGCUCCUUUCCCAGCUCCACUCUGGGACCGCCCCGUCCCUCCCUGCCACUGGCUGGUCGCUCAGCGACCGCGUCCCGGCUCCCUGGCGUUGCCAGGACCGGAGAAGGGUUUUGCCGGACUUCUCGCAGCCAUGCAGCCCUCGGGGUGCUCCGCUGCCCGGGUCACGGAGGGAGGACUGGGGGGGUUUGGCAGAGGGCCGGUCCCCGACCCCUACGACAGCUUCAUGCGCGGCCACCUGCGCUACUACGGCUACUUCCGAGGCCAGAAGGCGGGUGGGCAGAAGAGCCCCAUGUCCCUGGGGGUCCUGUCGGAGCAGCACCCCACCGAGGCACCUGGUACGGGCAGCACCGACCCCGGCUACCUGCGGGGUCCCCGGCAGGAGCUGAGCCCCCCUGGGGUGCUGGAGCCAGCCCCCUCUGCGCGGCGCCGGGGCACGCCGCUUCCCUCGGCACGGCACCGUGGGUCCCCGGGGGAGCCGCCGGCUCUCUUCGCCCUUCCCUCAGCGCGGGGACCCCUGCCCGCUCCCCGCUGGCCCAUCGAGUGCGAAGUCAUCGAGGAGACCAUCGAGCACAUUGAGUGGGUGCCCCCUGAACCGGAGCCUUUCUGCCAGCCCAUGGCCCCUGACUGCGCCCCGGCUGCCCUCGGUGAGGAGCACGGCACCAUCGUCUACCACCUCAGCCCAGCACCCCGAGGCUCCUGCUUCACCCGCGCUCGGAUCGGGGGGGCCCCGGGUCCCCUCUCCUCGCCGGCAGCCCCCUUGGAGGGUCCCCAGGACACCACCUUGCUCUUUGAAUCCCGCUUCGAGAGCGGCAACCUCCAGAAAGCUGUCAAGGUGGGCCCCUACGAGUACGUGCUGACGCUGCGGCCGGACCUGUACACCGCCAAGCACACCCAGUGGUUUUACUUCCGCGUCCAAAACACCCGGCAAGGCCCCCUCUACCGCUUCACCAUCACCAACCUGGCAAAGCCCAAGAGCCUCUACGGCGAGGGCAUGCGGCCGCUGUUCUACUCCCAGCGGGAUGCCCAGAGCCGCGGAAUCGGCUGGCGCCGGGUCGGGGCUGACGUCCGCUACUACCGGGGCGGCGGCGGGGAGGAGCCGGCCGCCUUCCGCCUCUCCUGGACGGCACGCUUCCCCCACAACGGUGACACCUGCUUCUUCGCCCACUCCUACCCCUACACCUACUCCGACCUGCAGCGCUACCUGCGGGCGCUGGCGGGCGACCCGGUGCGCUCACGGUACUGCGUGGUGCGGGCGCUGUGCCGCAGCCUGGCUGGCAACACCGUCUACCUGCUGACCAUCACUAGCCCCGCCGGUGCGGCGGCCAAGCGGGCGGUGGUGCUGAGCGCCCGCGUGCACCCUGGCGAGAGCGGCGGCUCCUGGGCCAUGCGGGGCUUCCUCGAUUUCCUCCUCAGUGCCGACGCCGAUGCCCAGCUCCUGCGCCGGCUCUUCGUCUUCAAGGUGGUGCCCAUGCUCAACCCCGACGGGGUGGUGGUGGGCAACUCCCGCUGCUCCCUGGCGGGCCGCGACCCCAACAGGGCUUACGGGACAGCGCUCUGCGGCUCCUUCCCCGGCGUGUGGCACCUGCGGGCCAUGGUCGAGAGGGUGCUGGCGGAGCGGGAGGUGGUGCUUUACUGCGAUUUCCACGGGCACAGCCGGAAGAACAACGUCUUCAUGUAUGGUUGUGACGGUGGCGGGGCCGGGGCUGGGCUGCGGCUGUGCCAGCGCGUCUUCCCCCUGAUGCUGAGCAAAAAUGCCCCUGACAAGUUCUCCUUCCCCAGCUGCAAGUUCAAGGUGCAGAAGAGCAAAGCGGGGACGGGCAGGGUCAUCAUGUGGCGCAUGGGUGUCUCCAACAGCUACACCAUGGAGGCGGCCUUUGGUGGCUCCACGCUCGGUGGGAGGAGCUCGCACUUCACUGUGGAGGACCUCAAGUCCCUGGGCUACCACCUCUGCGACACCCUGCUUGACUUCUGCGACCCCGAUCCCGCCAAGGUGGGCCAGCAACUGCGGCUCAAACCACGGCACCCAGGCCGGUUCCGGCGCCAUAGGUGGGUCGCGGUGACGCUGGCUCCGUCGCACAGUUCCAGCAGUGCCUGUCGGAGGUGGACGCGCUGCUGCGGCAGCGGCUGGGCCGGGAGCCGGGCUCUGGCGGCAGCUGGAGUGACGUCUCCCCUUCGGAACUGGAGUCCAGGUACGUCCCAGCCGUGCCGUCCCGUAGAGCUACGGUGGUGCCGGCGGGGGCUGCAGGCGGUUGUCUCCCCCACACAGCACCAGCGGCUCCGACAGCUCCGUGUCCGACGGGUCCCCGGCUCACCUCCGUGGCCCGGCCCGGCCGCUGGAGCAAGGGAGGAGGAAGCGGCUGCGGAGCCGGAGAGCGAGGAAUGCCCUGCGCCAGACAAAUGCUGUCUACCGGAGCCAUGCCAGCGUCCCGGUGAGCCUGGGCCCACAAGCAUGGUCUACCCGGUCCCAGAGGGCCAGGCUGGGGCCCUCCAGGACCCGCAGGCAGCCGGCUCUCCCCGGCACCCCGAGGGGAGGCAGCGCGGCGGGAGAGGAGCCCAGAGCCGCCUCCGGCAUGACCUUUCCCAGCGCAGCCAGAGCAGGGGCUGGCCGCCACGCCACCAUGGGGGGAUCUCAGCUGGAUGGUGGCACAGGCGCGGUGUCACGCCGUCGGCCGCCGCUGAGCAUCCCUCGCCCCGGUGUCACCGGUGAUUGCUCACAGGAUACGGCCCCGGGAGCCGAAACAAAGCCGUCCCGGCGGCGGGGAGGGCAGGCGACCGCUGCCCGCAGGCACGGGGCGCGUCCCCCCCUCACCGCCCGCGGCAGGGCCUCGCCGCCCGCCGCCCCGCGCUGCUGCGCCUGUGCUCGGCAUUAAAGGCGGUGCCGCCGCGGCCGUG